AUGCCAAAAGGCUCUCAGAAACCAAAGAAAAACUCAACCAAUGACCCUCCUGCUAUCCAGGUCCUCCCUUACCUCUAUCUUGGCCCACGAACGGCAGCUUCUGCCGCUUUCUGCACGGCCCAAGGCAUAACUCAUGUCUUGAGCAUUGGCUCAUCGCCUAUCGCAACUCUGCCCUCAAUAACCUACGAGCGAUUAUCGCUGGUGGACGACCCCUCGUCGUCAAUUUCCGAAGUCAGCGCCAAGGCAAACACAAUCAUCCUCGCGGUUGCGAAAGCGGGUGGGAAAGUUCUGGUCCACUGCUCGGCGGCAGUGUCUCGCUCACCCACCGUGGUUGCCGCGUUUCUUAUGCAACAUCGUGAAAUGUCUCUUCGCCAGGCCUUGGCCACCCUGAUUCUGGCGCGGCCUGCAAUCUGCCCCAACACAGGCUUUUUGACACAGCUAAAGGAGAUGGAGGUCGGUUUACGUGGCGUGUCCACCAUCGAACUCGAGUCGUUGCCUCUCAAGCGUGAAGACAGGAUUGCCGUGCUCAGGGACUGA